AGCCAUGGCACGACUGCGCCGCCGGGGCCAGGAUUUCGGCACGGGGUGGGGAUGCCGCGUUGCACGAGGCUGAGGUGGCCACAUAGAGCAACGCACGGCCGGAGGGCACCCCAAAACCACCCACCCAUCGCCAGAAGUCCCUCCUCCGCUCUCCCCUUCCCAAUUUCCCGGGCCCCCCUACGCGGCAGACGGAUGCUGGGUAAGAGGUGUGUCUGCGGGAGCCGUGCUCGCCACGCAGCAUCGCCGAGCUGGGCUGCGUCGGCGCUUGCCAUCCCCGGGAUGGGUUCUCCCGGCUGGGCUGGGGGCACGAGUAGAGGCAGGCGGGGCUGAGCCCCUCCACGCGACGCCAGCACCGCAGCCAGGCUCCCAUGCCCUCCGCCGAAAGACGAGGACGUCGCCCAGCCGGCCGCGGCGGAGGGAAGGGGCCCCCAGCGGGUCCCCCCGCCGCCGGGCACGGCGAAGCCAGCUCUCCUCUCUGCCAUUUUCCCCUUUUCCUCCCCCCUCGUUUGGCUUUUGGCAGCCGAGCCGCGGCGGCGGCUGGGGCGCGCGGUGCUGGGGAAGGGCUGCCAAGCGUCGGCAGCCCCCCGCGGCCCCCCGGCCCCCCGUGCCAAGGCUGGUGGCUGGCAGAAGGGCUGCCUGCGCCUGGCGGGGCUCCGUCAGCUGCGGGAGGAUCCCUGCGCCGCGUUCGCUGCCAAUUUCCCUGCGAGCUGGCACCGCAGGCGGCUCCGGAGGCACCGGCGGAGAAGGCUGGGGAGGACGGAUUGUGAAAGGGAGAGAGGAGAGAGAGAGGAGAGGGGAAAAAAAAAAAAAAAAAAAAAUAAUGGACACAUGCCAUCGCCGGAGCGGCGAGGCUGCCGCUGCCAAAACGCCAGCAGGCAGCGCGGGGCCAAAACCCGCCGGCGGCAGAGAGGAGGGUCUGGCAGCCCGUCCCAGCGCGGGACACAUGGAGGACGGGCAGCGCGGCGGAGGCGACGGCGUGGCCGAGGCAGGACGGGUAGCUGGACGACGGAGCCGGAGAGGAGAGAGGAGCAACGUCGGAGCCAGCAGCAGAUGCCAGCGUGCUGGGAACGCCGCUGCUUCGCAGCUCCAUCGGCACCCACGCGAAGGCAAAGGGCUCUGGCCGGGCCCCCCAGUGCCAAACCUGGCCGGCACCAGGGCAAGGAGCCGGCGCUGACGGGAAACGGAGAUGUUGGCAAUGCCGAGCCCCCACACCACCCCGACUCUCGCCUGCUGCUCUGCACCUCUGAAGGACCCGGGCUGUGCCCAGCAGCACCCCUGUGCCUGGGGAUGUUCUCUCUGCACAAGCACCACCAGGAAAAACCUCCCUCGGGGUCCCUGACCCCGGUACCCAUCGCCUGCAGGAGCCAGGGCAGGGCCCCCAGCGUCCAGCUUCAAGGGCAUCAGCAUCUCCCUGGGAGGGAUGUGGAGCGAAGCAAGAGGAGCCGUCCCAUCCCGUCCCAUCCCAUCCCUUCCCAUCCCGUCCCAUCCCAUCCCAUGCUCAGGCAGCCCGUGCAUCGUGACUUCAAGCUGGAGUAGCAGCUCUGCCCAUUCCUGCAUCGGAUAUUGGGAUUAAACACAGCACCCUGCUUGCGAGGGGCAGACCGUGCUGCAGCCGAGUCCCCAAAAUGUUCCAAGGAGAGGGGUCAGAAAAGGUCCCUCCAGCAGCCAGACAGCACCGCCGCAGCCUCUCCACCUCAUGCAAACCUCCCGGCACCACCAUUCAUGGGAGGACGAAGCCCCACGCCUGCCCCAUGCUGCCCGCCUUGGAGCCGGGGGGGGGCAGGAACGCUCCCUGUGUUGUGGGACGCUUCCCCCCGUCUCCCCCUCUCCCUCGUUUUCCUCCAUAUUUCACAGUUCCUGCUUCCUGCACAAGGCAGGGGUCUCCAGGGACUCCAGCCAGAUGUUCUCUGCAGCACACCACAUUGCUUUCCUAAUGAAAUAUUCAUGGAGCCUCUCCGCCUUUUGCCAUGAAAGCCUUCUGCAGCUCCCAGCCAUGGAAACGCUGUGCAGGCAGCAUUCCUGCAAAGCCACCCGCCCGGGGCUCCUGACCCCCCGCUUGCCGCUUGGCACCUUCACGCCGCUCCUCCUUCCUCUUCCUCCUCCCGCGGGCAGUGCCGGAGCGGGGGGCUUCGUCCCACCUCGCCAUGCAGCCGACGCGUCGCCAAGGGUGCAGCCAGGGCCAACGUGCUGGGGACACCGGUGUCCCCGCGCGGCCGUCGCCCACCCCGAGGCAGGGUCCGUCCACGGCUGGGGGGGGGGUGGCGGGGGGGUGGACACCCCGGCGUGGGGCACAGAGGCAUGUCACCCAACCCCUGCCAAAACCACCCCAGGCGCGGCAGAGGCGGAGGGCCUCGUCUGCCGGCACGGCCCUCGUGCUGCCGCCGGCUCCCAGCCAGCCCGCAGCAUUAGCGAUGCUGUGCACUAUAAUCCAAUUAGGUUGUUUAUGCAAACAAUCAGGUUUUAUGUUUCGGUAAAAAGCUUAAAUAACCUUAAUCAAAGCAAAAGACCUGAAAUUAUCACCGGUGGAGGCUGUGGUUUGUUGGGUGGGGGGCAGGACACCCUGCCCAGCUCGGGACACCCUGCCUGGCUCGCACCAGCCGCCGGCGGCCCCGGGAUCUCUUGGGGGGUGCUCAGCACCGAGAGCCGUGUGGGAGAUGCUUUGCUCCAGCCCAGCCUUGCUGCCAGAGGGUCUGAGCCGUCCGGCUGGCACUGCCGGUGCAGGAGGUGCUGGUGCCCUUCGGCGUCACGUCCUGCAAGUCCCAGCCUGGUCCCGCGGCCGGGGGGGGGGGCUGGGGGUCGGGGUCCCUUUGCCCGCAGCCACCCACUUAGCGAGCCUGUGGGGGCCCAGCACACCUGCCUCCUCCUGCCCCUCACCCAAGGAUCAUUAACUGAAACUCCAGAGGCGUUAAUCAGGCAGAGCAAUAACCGGAGGAGGGAAGGGUGUGGGGGGGGGUGGCCGUGGGGAGCAGCAGGAGGGUGCUGGGGCGCAGGUUGGCUGUGCCGGUUGGGGACAGGAGAACACGUCUCUGCCACAGCCACCUCUGGGGCUCCCAGCUCUGGGUGCUGAGCGCCUGACCCUCUGGUUCUGGCACCCAGGGACCUCUUGUCACCCCUGUCCCGUACGUGUCCGCAAAUGUGGGAGCAUCCCUCUGCACCAAGGUGUGCCGUCAGGCCGGGGGGGGAUGCAGGAGAUGCCAGCCAGCGACUGAUCCAGCACGCUGCCACCAUUCCACCUCGCAUCACCAGCCUGGGCUGCACCGACAGCACCAGAGCAUCCCGGUACCGGCAGAAAAUACCUGCAGCUCCAGCUCGGGUCAGGGACAGCAGCGUGAGGUGGCACGGGGGACUGUGCCGCACCGUCCCCGCGCCUGCCUGGGGAUGGGCAUGGUGAAGCGGGGAGCAGGGCUUGCUCUGGAGGGCUGUACCCGCCGGCGCUGCCUCCCCGCACACCCCGAGUUGCUGGCGGAGUAAUAAGCUAUGCAUGUAGUGUAGAAAUAAAACAUGUUCUGCAGAACAAAUGAUGUUAAUUUGCUGAGAGGCUCUGAAGCUGAGUAUUAGCGAAAUGCCUUGAGGGAGAGAGCGGCAGCUGUGCUGGAAUUAAUGGCAACGUGCCGAAUUAGCACCGCUAUGCAUCAUAGUCAGAGGGAAAAAUUACCGGAGAGAGGGGGAAAACAACCCCCUCUGCGUGCCAGCCCAGACCCUGGGGCACGCUGCGGAGCGGAGCCGGCCGCGGCAGGUCCUGGUGCCGGUGGGCUGCCCUCGCCCCAGCCUUGCCAGGGCGCACAGUGGGGGAGGCUGUUUGCUCCGAGCCCGACGGCCUCCUCUGCGAAGGUGUGUCCUUGGGAGUGCUCGGCAUCCCUCUGGGAUGCUCGACAUCGCUCCAGGGUGCUCAGCAUCCCUCUGGACCAAACCGUGCCACUGCAUCCCACCCUGCUCCAAGGGACUGUGUCCUCAGGGUCUGCAUCCCUGCUGCUCCCCCAUUCCUUCCCCUCCUUUCUGGGGGGCUAUUCAUCUCCUUGUCUAUUUAUUUCUUCUAUUUAUUCCUGGCGGUUGAGCGCCUAAAGUCUGUAGAUCCUCAUUGAUUACUAACAGUGCAUCUGGCUUAUGGCUCUGCAGCCUCCUCCGGAGCAUCCGUCUUCCUUCCCCGCCGCCUUCCGCCCGGCCGCUCACCACGGCGUGCCCCAGCUACCGGGAGCAUGCUGCAGAUUGUGCAUUACCUCUUAAUGGACGGUUCCAGUAAAAUCCACGCCUCUGAUGAAUAUUUAACACCAACAUCCGUCUCUGCUGCCCGACGCAGGGAGGGGGGUCGGUUUGGCUGGUCCUGCUGCGGCUGCCGGGUCAGGGCUGCAGAGCCGGCUGCGGCCACGGCGCUGCCGGCUCUCACGAGAAACUGGGCUUAGCCUUUGCGUGGCUGAACCCAAGCCCGUGCAGACAGCAGUGAGCAGUUAGCCUAGCGGAGAUUGGGGCUGGUGACAUCCCGAGCCGUUUUCCCCAUGAAUCCCUUGUCAUCCCAUGUGUCUGUCACAGCCCACGGCCGCUCAUCCCCAGUGUAAAACAUCUCCCUAUUUGUCUUGUCGCCCUCAACAUUUUCUCCCACUUUUGCCUCUGCAGAUCCCCAGCCCCGUGGGUGCCGCCUUCCUCGGGGGACCAGGCUACGCUGGACGGAGCAACCCUCAGCCUGGCCCUGGAUGCCACCGUGCCACCCAGCCCUGUCGUGGGACCGUCCCGAGGCGGGGGCUCGCGCCUGCCCGUGCUGUGGGCUGUGCGAUGUGAUGGAUGUGGAUGUGCCACCAGUCUGGUCCCUGCUGGGAUGCGCCAAGGACUGCCGGGCACCGAACCUGCUGGGAUGUGGCAAUGGGGAUGGGACGCUCCCCCAUGACCCCCCUGCAGCCAUCGGGUUUCAGCAUCCCCAGGAGAAGGAAGAGGUUUAUGCACCCAGAGGCUUAUCCAUCCGAACACCAGUACAUGUGGAGCUUUACCAAACAUGCUCAGGCCCUGCCGGCUGCCUCGGGGGCCAGAAUUGGGCCUGGGGAGGAGAACCGUGCUCCCAGCCACGCUCUGGACCAUGGGAACAUGGGAGGCUGACGGAGGCAUCACCCAGCGGGACCUGCAUGGACCCACCGAGGUCUGCGCCGGGAGCUGCGCUGCUUGUCCGGGGCACCAUCAGUCCUAACCCGGACCCCGCUAUCCUGCAUCCUGGGGAUGCUCCGGGGUGUUUGCCCCAUCCCCACUCCAAACUGGGAGCUCUGGGUGCACAGGGCUUGGCUCCGCAGCACGGGGCCACCCCACCUCUCCAUCCCUGGGCUGGGAAAUCUCGUAACCUGGUUGGUUUUGGAGCGGGAGGUGAGAAGUGGGAGAAGGGUGCCGUGGGGUGCCGCGGGUGCCGCGGGUGCUGCGGGCACGGGUGCCCGGGUGCGGGCAGGACGGCAGGGGCUGCCGGUCACUGCCAGGUUACAUCUGCCGGGGCACGCAAGAGUGACUCCAGAUGCAUUAGAAGUGCCGUGCUCCAAUUUCAAUUUCAUCGUCUCACAAUCAUUUUCAGGCUCCUCUUAGUGCCACAUUAACGAAGCCUGCUCGUUUGAAUGCAUAAUUAGCCCAAGCAUUCUACCUCGCUAAUUUCGAAGCAAGAGCUGGGGGGGGUGGGGGGGGGGAAUUUGCAUAUUAAUUUAGCAGAGGGAGAGAAAAACUGUUUACCACUUGCUUCUUGCUGUUGAUCACAGCGGACUUAACUCUUUCCCGGGUGCCAUCUGGAGCUGCAGAGCCGGGCGCCUGGCCGGCACGUGGGACAGGGCGCAAAGGUUACACGGCAGCAAUUAAAUCCUCUCGGUGAUGCCGCAGCCGUCCGGACCACCCUGGUUGCCUAUGCUACUGGGAACCAACUGGGGCCACUGGGGCUGCAGCUCCUGAGAGGCCAGGCGAACCGAGGCGGAGGUGCAAGCUCCAAGGUGCACCCCAGCCCUCCUCCCCAUGUGGCCCUGGGUGAAAAGUGCCAUUGUCACCCCCCCCAGGGUGUCAGGGUCCCAUCCUGGGUCUGUCCCUACUAUCCUUGGCAAAGCUGGUGCGGUGCCAGGCACAGGGAUGCCCAACAGCAUCACCCCUCCUACGAAGGGUGGCUGGGACCAUGCAAAGAGCACCCUGUCACCCUCGGUGUGUCCCCUCUAAGGGGACAGCUCUGUCCCCACAACUCCCUUGCUUUUAGCAUCACCCACCCAUAAUAUGAUGUCGGAUGCUCACGCGUGCCAUCCCCAACAGCCCUUUGCAACGGGGUGGCUCAUUGGCAUUGGUGUGAAUGGGAUGCCUGCAGACAUGAUGCACCCACGGAGCACCGAUGGUCCAGUGUGGGCAGCCUCGCUGAGCACUGACAACUUGCUACACCCCCCCAUCGCCAUCUCCCUUUGUUUGGGAGUCUGUGGGUGUCUUGAGCCGAGGUUGGAGGUAAUUUGUCUGUCUCCUGCAGCGGGCUGUCAUCUUGCAUCUGCGAACCAGUUCCAUUUGCACUGCCAUUAAAAAAUCUCAGGUUUGAUAGGUAGUAAAAAAAAUUUUUUAAAAAAGGAGAAAAGCCUAAAAAAAAGAAAAACAGCCCAGCUGAGGAACUCCUGGGCAAUAGGAUGCUGCAAACAUUGUGGGCUCAUCACAUCUGCAAAGACCCUCAAAUCCAGCGGUACCUGGAUUUGAGGACAGUCACAGAUGUGACAAGCCAUAAUUUGGCCUUUGGACCUGCAUCCCCAUCUCAUCUGGGCUUUGCACCUCCAUCGCCAUCUUAUCCGGGCUCCCCAAAAGGGCUUAAUCACCCCUGGAGAGCCCCUGCCCCAACCGUCCACCCCGUCUUGCUGGCUUGGAGCCAUCCCAGCACGUCACAGCGAUCUGGGGGACAGCCUCCAUCGCUGGCAUCCCGGUCUGGCUCCUGCAUCCAUGCUGGCACGGAGAGAUGCACACGGACGGGGUUUAUCCUCGCCCGUGCACGCUGCCAGGUUGCGGAGCCGCAUGGCCAGGGGACACCCCGCAUGUGGGUAUGGGGUCUCCGGCAUGGCCGGAGCCGUGCCGGUGCUGCUGCAGCACGUGGGGCCGGCUCGCAGAGGGUUAACAGUUGAUUACAGCCUUUGUCUCUGCAUCAGUGUACAUAAUGCGCCCCACAUUUGCAUACUGCAGUGUGCGCUCAAUUAAAAUGAACUUUUAAUUUC